AGCGUUAUAGAUGAAACUCGACUUCGACCUUAGUAAGAAAGGCGCGGCAGGGGCGGAAGCUAAGCAGGGCGAGCCGAAUGUAGUGGAGGAACAGCCUUGCAACAGCCCUCGAGCCGAACAUACAAAUGAAGCAGACUAUCAAACAAUGGACAGCAACCUGGGAAUGAAUUGGUACUUAAUCGCAAAAAUGGGAAACAUACAGUUCCUCCUUUCUUGUAUUGCAUCUGUAUCGCUCCUUGCAACAAUGAGCAUAAUCGGAUUCUCUCUGCUGCGUUUCACAUCAUCAGCCUGGACCACCUACCUCAUGUCUACUGCUUAUAUUGCCGUCAGAGCAGGAAAAUGGCGUUCAUACCCACAUGUGAUCGCCUAUUGUGGAAUGGUCAUGUUCCAAACAGUGAUCUACAUGAGCAGCCUAUGUUGGGUGGCUUAUUCGCUCUACGGUGCCCAAUACCAUCUACACUUCAGCUUCCGUGAAGGUGCAAUGUUACCAGCAGCAAAUCCAAAUGCUCUUCUCGUUCUGAUUGUCGUGGAAAUGGUAUCCCUAAUGGGAACUGUGUUUACUGGUGUGUUCGGAAUGAUCGCUUGCUGCAGGGGACUCGGGAAGAUGCUCCAUCAUAUGGAGCAAUUGAUCGUGGCAAAUCGGUAUUCAGCUCCAGCUCCACACAUCACUGUGCGCUCGCUCUGAAGCUCAUAAUCCCCUCCGAGUUGAUAACAAUCUAUUUACCCUCCGAUACGGCUAGGUGUUGUGCUUCUAUAGGUUGCCCACACAAUGUUUUCUUAAACAGUAAUGGUACUAGCAAACAAAUGAUUGACAAUGACCUCCACAUGCUGUGAAAAUUAUUGUAGUCAUGCUUUUCCAUUCUACAAUUUUCCUAAGUUAAUUUUGUGAUGUUAACCCGAUUGUUGAACAAGCUGGCGCUUGCUUCAUCAAAAAUAUUCUUUGUAAUUUCACAUCUCUAUGUUAGCUAACCAUUGUAAGCAACCACAAAAUUAUUUGACAGAAUUCUGACGACAUUUUUUUGGGAAUACUCAAUUUUCGAAAUGUAAAUAAUAAA